GAACUUGCAUGUAGCCAUCUGGCAACGCUGUUUGCGCCGGCUCUUAUCGCAGAUAAAAAAACAAAUAAACAGACGACCAAAACAAAGCGGCAUUUGUUAUCAAUAAUUGCGUAUAAAUAAGCUCAUUGGCUACGAAUUGCUAUUCAGUACUGCGACAUGCCGGACACCAACUUACCAACAGCUAACUGUGAGGAGGCCAUUACCAAGCUAAGGAAUUUCGGAUACGCCUUCGAUGACACUGGGGUACUUCGUAAAAUUGAUCCUGCCACCGGCGAGCCUGGAAACGACCAGUUCUCCUACAACGUUAGCAAUGACGCCACGGAGAACGAGAAGCAUUACCAGAAAUUAGCAGAUCAAAUUCCGGAAAUCGUCUAUGCCCUACUGGAGAAGGAGGGCCUUAGGCGGACCUACAUUCCUUUUGGACAGCCGCCUGAGCAAUCUUCCUUUAUAUAUUCCCUGCCUGCAAAGCUGUCCAAGUCCAAGAAGCUCCUAGUUCUUAUCCAUGGCAGCGGACAAGUCAAGGCAGGGCAGUGGGCGAGGAGCUUGAUCAUCAACAACUCCUUAGAUCACGGAACUCAACUGCCAUAUGUGCGACAGGCUCGAAAACUAGGAUAUGAUGUUCUCAUCACCAACACAAACGAUUUAAAGAGAUUUUUCGACGGCAAAGACAAUCCCAUAAAGGGCGUAGAAACACCAACUCAGCACACCAAGUAUGUUUGGAAGAAUAUAGUGAUACCCUCCAAUCCCGAGAGUGUGGCGAUUGUAGCUCACAGCUAUGGAGGCUUUCUUACAAUGGAUUUGGCGGAGCAGUUUGUGGACUUUUUUAAGGAGAAAGUUUUUGCAAUUGCCCUAACCGAUGCGGUUAUGGGUACUAUCCAGAGCAACAAAGAGUACAUAUCAGAAGUGGCGUGUGACUGGGUUACCAGCAAGACUCCGCUGGGCACAGCCGUUUUAACCACCAAGGGCAGCAUCCGGAAGAUUUCAGCCGGUCACACCAAGCACGAGUGGACCUCGUAUUCGGCAAUCGAUUCCAUAUUUAAGUACAUAGAGAAUAAGUACGAGAAAAGGUCAAACAAGAAGUGACAGCAUAAUGUCAGUGUGUUCAAGAAUUUUUUGUAAACCCCAAGUAUAUCCUAAAAAUGUGAAUAUAAAUUAUAUUUUUACCGCA